UCUGGGGGUGCCGGGAGCCCCGUCACCGCCUUCCCCCCCUCCCCGCCGCACCCCGGCUUCUCUCCCGGCUCCCUCCCCUCCCCGGAACGCGAGGGGCGGGAUAAACCCCCGUGAGAGGCAACCAGCAGCUUAUAGGUUCCAAAGAGGAUGCAGACAGAGGAGCACUUCCAGGCAUACUUUGAAAGAAAACUGUCCUCCACCUUGGGUGGAGUAGUACAAAUCCAGCGAGAGAACAGACGGCUACAGUGCAGCUUCUCCUGGGGGAGGUUUGGAAAGAUCAUACUCAAGGUGUUCCCUGUCCUGAACUGGCUGCUUUCGUAUCGGUUCAGAGAAUGGAUCUUGAGGGAUCUACAUGCAGGCCUAAGUGUUGGGAUGUUUCAGAUUCCUCAAGGGUUUUUAGGAGUUUGGCUGACCAGGUUGCCUCUGCCAAGUAUCAAUGGCUUCCUUUCUGCAUUCUGCUGCUCGAUGACAUAUGUUAUGUUUGGGACUUCACAUCACAUCUCAAUUGGCUCAUUCAGCAUCCUAAAUAUGGUGGUGGCAGACAUUCUGAAGACUCUUACUUUCAACCAAACAUUCUCCUUUAAUGGCUCACUGGACAACAUCUCAGAUCCUAAACUUACGAAAGAUUACAUGGAAGCCUUGACACUUACUGCAUCAGUAACAUUUUUGACUGGCGUCAUUCAGUUGCUGCUAGGUUGCUUUUGCCUGGGGUUUGUAACAUCAUAUGUGCCAAAGACUCUCAUCGAUGCUUACCUCACUGCAGCAGCACUGCAUGUCAUUGUAUCACAGUUUAGCUUUAUCUUUGACGUCGUGCUUGACUUCCAUAAGGGUCCCCUCGGCAUUUUCUAUAAUCUAUUUCGUUUCCUCCUGGUCCUCCCAAAGGCUAAUGCCACCAGCAUAUUGCUAUUUUUGCUUAGCAUGGCUAUGCUACGAGUCAACACAUGCAUCAUGAUAACUUAUAAACAUAGUCCUAUUGCAUUUCCUAUGGAACUUCUCUUGAUUAUCACAGUCGUCAUUAUUUCUAAUUGCAUUCAUCUUCAUGCUGAGUCUAGUAGUGCUGUGGUCAGUAUGAUUCCUCAGAGGUUUGUGCCUCCUACAUCGCCAGAUUUAUCAAACCUGAGCAAGAUAAUACUGCAUGCCUUCUCUCUUGCUCUUGUAAGCUAUUUCCUUCUUGUUUUUGCUGGGGAGAGAUACGCUUCACUUCACAACUACAAUAUUGCCAGCAAUCAGGAGCUAGUAGCUGUAGGGCUAUGCAAUAUUUGCAGCUCAUUUUUCAAAAGCUUUGUUGUCAGCUGUGCUAUUUCUGGAACUGUCAUUCAAGAGAAGACAGGGGGAAGAACACAGUUAGCAGCAGUGAUUGGAGCAUCUAUGAUGCUGAUGAUUUCACUGAAACUAGGACGCUUUUUCCAGAUGAUACCAAAUGGUAUACUGGCUGCUAUUGUGGUAUUUAACAUGAUCCCUUUUCUUGAAAAAUUUCUGGAUGUCCCCAUCCUGUGGAGACAGGAUAAGUAUCAUUUUGUUAUUUGGCUUGUAACUUUUGCUGCAGUGCUUUGUUUUGGUCUUGAUGUCGGUUUAGUGAUCGCCAUGGGAUCUGCAUUCUUCAUAAUCACCAUUAGGUCACACAGAAUGAAGAUGGUGGUGCUGGGACAGAUUCCAAACAUGAAUAUUUAUAGAAGUUUAUCCGUCUACAGAGCCGCAAGGGAGAUUGAAGGUAUCAAAAUCUUCCAGUGCUGUUCCUCCAUCUCUUUUGCAAACAUGAAUCACUUCAAAACCUAUUUGUUAUGCAAGAUGGACAUGAAAGCAGUGCCUCUAGAUGAAAGUGAAAUGAGAGCUUUAAUUUCAUUUAGUCUGCCUGACACUGGACAAGAUCUUAAAUGCUCUUGUGUCUGUGAUCCACCUCUACCACCACCUAGGAUACCAUACACGGAGAAACUGGUGAAGCGACAUCACACAGGCAGCAGGUCCUCGUCAUCAGUUAAUUUGGUACACUGGUCAAAGUAUGGAGACAAACUUAGCUCUAGGAUGCUCUGGGUGGGACCAGCAGACGCCCAGUGCGCAUCCCCAGGCUCUAACGAGGGACUUACGACUGAGAAGAACAAGGAUGAGGGGAGAAGAGCUUGCCUUUCACUGGGCUCUGCAGUAGAUGAUUCCUCGGUACAGUUAGAUCAGGAGGAACAGCCGAUGCGCUUGCCGUGUCCAGUUCACACCAUUAUUUUAGACUUCAGCAUGGUACAAUUUGUGGAUUUGCUAGGCUCAGUGUUACUGCAACAAAUCAUUCAUAUGUUUCACAAUACUGGCAUUACAGUCCUCAUAGCUGGCUGUCACUCCUCUGUGAUAGCAGACUUUGAGAAGAAUGGUUUCUUUGACAGCUGUGUCACCAAAGAACGAUUCUUUCUAACUCUUCAUGAUGCUGUGCUGUCUGCUCUGGGCAACCAUCAAAACCCAGCUGAGCUAGAACCUACUGCGCAAGGGUUUGCCGAAGAAUCACUAGCUGAACAGCAGAAGGGAAGAAGACUGUACUUGAAGAAGAAUGAAGAUUUCUUCUCUGUAAAGAACUCUGACAACGAACUUCUGCAUGAAGAGCCAAUAUCAGAUGUCUCGCGCUCAGCCCAGAAUAAAGCAGAGCCAAGCUCUCUCCAGCAGUGUGAUGCUCCACCCCUUCGGUCGGAUUUCCAGGACCCAGGCUGGGGGAAGAGAUGGAAGUAUACCAGCAAUCCCUGAAUUAUAACUGUUGGGGAAUUGGGAUUUCAGUAGAGAAAGGUACAGUUAAGCAACAGUUGUGGCGAUUCUUGUCAGCCUUUGAUCCUAUUUAUUUUAAUUUUUUCUGUUCCAGAGUUCUUAAAAUAGACAGCCUGCCUAAUGCCCCCAGUAAUUCUGUUGUUCUAAACAAAAUGCAACAUUUAUGUUAUUGCUUUCAAGCAGGCAUGCUACCCAACAAUACUGAAAGCAGAGAAAUGUCAAUGUAUAAGAUAAUUUCUAGUUUUGUAGAUAAUUCUAGCAAAUUAUUUGCACUAGUUUUCUAAAAUUCUGUAGAUGUUUAAAUGUCCUAACUUAGCACUUCUUAUAUAUUAAUUGCUUGCUUUGCUUGCUAGCAAGUAAAAUGAAUCUGCCAUGUUUCAACAGAUUACAUGCUGGCAGUUUUAUUAUUUUCAGAUGUAUUUAGAAUGAUGUGAAGCUUUAAAGAAAACAUUUUAUUAUUACUCUUCAACACUUUGAUGAAGUUGAUACUGUCUGCACUAAUAUAACAUGGUGUCUGUCCAUUAUUUCUUCCUCAGUCCCUUUCUAAUCCACCAGAACUAAAUCCUAGUAAACAGAAUAAUACUUGUU